GAGUCACAUUUCAAAUCUAUCUGCCUGUUUCCUCUUCUCUCAUUUUUAGAAGUUAGUGAACCUGGAGAGAGGGAAACAGCAUGCUUGAAUUUUCAAGGGUUUGGUGAGAUUGCUCACCAAGAGCCUCAGGCAAAAAAAAAAAAAACAAAACAAAACUAAGCUGUCAUGGGAUGAGAAAGUUCCUGUCCUGAUUAGUGACUGCCUAGCGGGUAGGAAACCAAGCGGUCAGGUUUCACAACACCACAGAAGUCCCACAGGGAUUUGCUCCGAGAUCUCCACUGCUGAGCAGCGAUAACGGAUCUGCAAAGGAGAGGAACAGGGGCUAGGUUAUGGGCUUGGCUGGGACCAGAGAAAGCUUCAGGAGGAUCUGGCGAUCCUGGGUGGCUGGGCAGUGCUACAGCAAAGGAAGCCUGUGCUAGCAGGGGUGUUUCUUGAACUCUUCAGUGCGUUGCAGAACUGUUGUGUUUUGGGAUAUCCUGCUUAAACCCUCAGAAGAAAAUCUGCCAACAGUCAAAAAUGACUUGAGUUGGAGAGCUGCUCCUUUAUCCACAGGACCAGCUUCCUGCCCGGUGUUCAGUGUCCCAUCUGGAUGCACCAUACACUAUGGUUCACAUCAAUGUGUUGAAAAAAUUAAUGUGUGUUCUUGUGGUGAUACUGGUAGCUCUGACGGUUUGCCUGUGGAGAGAGACGAGAAGAAGCUACUAUGUUCCUUUCAAGACUGAGAGUGAUGAUUUGCAGGUUCACAGGACUUUGGAAAAAUGGAACCCACUUAAAUCACACAGCCUUUUCCAUGAAGCAGCCAGUGAGUUGGGUCAGAUACCCAAAACUUUAUUUAGUAACCACAACAAAGUAAAAGGCAGCACCUCUGGAACAGGCGAAAAGGCCAAGAAAGCAGCAGACUCAGUGAAGGUAUGGGAUAAGGACAGUUCAUCCAGAAAUCUCAUACCCAGGCUGCAGAAGGUCAGAAAAAACUACCUGUCCAUGAACAAGUACAAUGUGACUUACAACGGAAAAAGGAACACUGCUAAACUCAGCCCAGAGAAGCUGCUCUGCCAGCUACGGGACAGGGUGAACGUGACCAUGAUACAGGGAUCGGAUGGUCCUUUUGAUACCUCUGAAUGGCAGCGAUACCUACCAGGGAAAAGCCUCAAUGAAACAGUGGGCCGCCUGGGUCGCUGUGCUGUUGUGUCCUCAGCAGGGUCUCUGAAAUCAUCUCAUUUAGGACAAGAGAUAGACAGCCAUGAUGCCGUCUUGCGGUUCAAUGGGGCUCCUGUCAGGGGGUUUCAAGAAGAUGUGGGGCAAAAGACAACAAUUCGUCUUGUGAACUCCCAGGUCGGGUUGCCUGGUUGCAUUUUGUUUCCAGCUGCUUGCAGGCAUCAGCUCAUAACUGUUGAGGAGCAGCAGUUCCUGAGGGAAGCGCUAUAUAACACUGGAAUCUUAAUUGUCUGGGAUCCAGCACCAUAUCAUGCAGAAAUUCAUGAGUGGUACAGAAAACCAGACUACAACUUUUUUGAAAGCUAUAAGACAUAUCGCAGUACACAUCCAGAGCAGCCUUUCUAUAUCCUGAACCCAAAGAUGCAGUGGCAACUCUGGGAUAUUCUGCAGGAGAAUUCCUUGGAGCAUAUUCAGCCUAAUCCACCGUCGUCAGGAAUGCUUGGCAUCGUCAUCAUGAUGACGCUCUGUGAUGAAGUGCACGUCUACGAAUUUCUCCCUUCCAAACGGCAGACGGACAUUUGCCACUAUUACCAGAAGUUUUACGACCGUGCCUGUACCAUGGGAGCUUACCAUCCCCUCCUGUUUGAGAAAAACUUGGUGAAGCAUAUAAACCAGGGCACAGAUGAGGACAUCUAUACUCAUGGGAAGGUUACUUUGCCCGGCUUCCAAAAUGUGCAUUGCUAGCAGAUCAGUUUUUAGUGUUUAGGAGUUUUUCUUGACUGUCAAAGCACUUUUUAAAUCAGGGUUGUCAGAUUUGUUAGGUCUAAGCACUGGUGUGUUUUGACAGCUCUUCCAUGUUGCAACACUUGCUCUUAGGACUUUGUUGCCUAACUUCUCCCAGCUGUAAGGCGGUGUUAAUACAUUGCGGUACGUCCACACAGUAUCUGCAUGAGCCACUGCAAUAAAUUUACUCCCCGUGGAGCCAGGCUCAUGCAGCAGAUGGAUAUCUCUGUCUUCAUCUCAACCAAUGAUGGUGUAUGGGAGAUGCAGGAGAGGCUUUCUAAGCAGAGAUUGCACAAAUCAGGAUCAAAUACUGAAUAUAGUGUGGUUUGCUUCAAAGGGGUUAUGACAACCAAAAACCUGCUCCACUGAGAAACAAGAAAAAUAAUUUAAAACUUAUUCCCAUAGUCCUAGGAGCUCUUCGGAGCAGGGCUGAUUUAUGGAAACACUGUCAAAGCUGUGUACUUAUAAACUAAGCCCUUAGUCCAAAAUAAUUGAUUUUUAUACAAUUUUUGUAAAAUAACCAAACCAAAUAACUUCCUUUCAAAUUGUAAGACUUCUGAAAUCAUUCAGGUAGCAUUUCUGGCAGAGGAAGAGGGAGGCAAUUUACAAUUCGGUUUUCUUGCAAGACUUUUUAAUAUUUUUACUUUUUUUUAAUCACUUAAAAUAAAUUUUAGUGAACAUUUACUUCUCUGGUACAGUGCUGUGCUUGGUACAGAAGAAGCCUUAUUUCAAAAACGUUUUGGGGAAGAUGCUCCAAGGCACAAAUGGGAGAACUCACUGGAAGUCGGUACCUCUUUCCAGCUCUCCACUAGUCUACCCUUGCAGUUAUUGGCAAAUUACUUGCUGGCUUGUCUCUGGUAACAGAAAUGCCACAUAGCUGCUGGCCAGAUGAGUUCCAGUUCUCUGCAAGGUAACUGAGGUGAUCUCUCGGUUGCUGUGUGCUUUCUGAAGAGGUGGGGAGUAGAUACAUUGCCCCCAUGCUUCAUGAGUGGUGGGGAGGGAGCACAUGCUCUGCUUCUCAUGCUGAAAUGCAGGCAGAAUUGAGGAGGGUGGCUUUUCUCUGCUUGAGUGGAGUCUCCCAUAGCAGCACGGUGGAAGUAGUAGCUCUGCAAUCUCUUUACGUCAGUGAGAACACCUUUCCUGUCCUCCUCCGUACUGAUGCGUUUCACGAUGUCUGUAAAGAAAGCUUUUUCCUCUCCUGUUUUGAAUAAAUCCUGUGAAGUCA